ACGCGCUAGUCAAAAGUUAGUUCUUUGACCAACUUUGUCAACGCAGCAACGCGCAGGAACACCCUCACAGCACCCCCGCAUACACGCAUACACGCACACACACACUCUCACACACAAUGCAACUCUUUGCCAUCGUCUCGUUCGCCCUGUUGGCCCUGGCCGCAGCUGAUGUCAGCCACCUGAGCAACACCUAUCUGCCACCGCGCUCCUCCGUGAUCACGAGUGUGACCAAGAGCUACGUCGCUCCGGCUGCCUCCGUCCAGAGCGCCUCGUAUGCCGCCCCAGCUGCUGUGGCGUCUGCCGAUGCCGGCUCGUUCAGCAGCGACUCCUCGUUCGUGGCUCCCGCUGCCUCCGUCCAGACCACCUCGUACGCCGCCCCCGUCAAGACUUUCACCAGCAAGACUUACACCGCUCCGGCUGCCACCUACCAGAGCACUACCUAUGCUGCCCCAGCUAAGCAAGUCUUCAGCAAGACCUACACCGCCCCAGCCACCAGCAGCUUUACCGCCGACACAUCCUAUGUCGCUCCCGCUGCCAGCUACCAGAGCACUACCUAUGCUGCCCCCGUCAAGACUUACACCAGCAAGACCUACACCGCCCCAGCCACCAGCAGCUUUACCGCCGACUCAUCCUAUGUCGCUCCCGCUGCCAGCUACCAGAGCGCAUCUUAUGCUGCUCCCGCUGAAGCUGCCGCCGCUGGUAGCUUCACCAGCGACUCGUCGUACGUCGCCCCUGCUGCCAGCUUCGAGAGCGCCUCGUACGCCGCUCCAGCCAGUGGCUUCACCAGCGAAUCCUCGUACACUGCUCCCGCGGCCAGCUUCGAGAGUGCUUCGUAUUCUGCUCCCGCUGCAGCUGCCGCUACCGCUCCAGUUGCCAAUGUAGUGAGAUACUCUGGCAUUGACACCGUCUAUGGCUCGAACGGCGGCUACGUCUACUAGUUGGCUCCAAGAACGCUUCCAAUCGAUAUUCCUCACAAUUUUUUUUUUUCGAACCAACCUUUUUUUUUUUAUAAAUUAAA